GUGUGUUUGUUUCCAUAGAAACGCGGGUGCAGAUCCAAGAGUCGGUUCGAGGCAAAGAUGUCUUCGUCAUCCAGACGGUGUCCAAAGACGUGAACACCACCAUCAUGGAGAUGCUGAUCACAGUGUACGCGUGCAGGACCUCGUGUGCACGCAGCAUCACGGGCGUGCUCCCAUACUUCCCCUACAGUAAGCAGUGCAAGAUGAGGAAGAGGGGAUCCAUCGUCACCAAGCUCAUCGCCUCCAUGAUGUGCAAGGCUGGCCUGACCCAUCUGAUCACCAUGGACCUCCAUCAGAAGGAGAUCCAGGGCUUCUUCACCAUCCCUGUGGACAACCUGAGAGCCUCGCCUUUCCUGCUGCAGUAUAUCCAGGAGGAGAUCCCUGAUUACAGGAACGCUGUGAUUGUGGCCAAAUCCCCAGCCUCUGCCAAAAGGGCCCAGUCGUUCGCUGAGCGCCUCCGUCUGGGCAUUGCGGUGAUCCACGGCGAGGCCCAGGAUGCAGAGUCUGACAUGGUGGACGGCCGACACUCGCCCCCCACCAUCAAGACCUCCGGCGCCAUCCACCCCAGCAUGGAGAUACCAUUGUUGAUCCCUAAAGAGAAGCCACCCAUCACCGUGGUGGGAGAUGUGGGCGGUCGAAUCGCCAUCAUAGUGGAUGACAUCAUCGACGACGUGGGAAGCUUUGUGGCGGCAGCGGAGACGCUGAAGGAGCGGGGUGCCUACAAGGUCUUCGUCAUGGCAACACACGGCAUCCUGUCCAGUGAUGCCCCGAGGUUUAUCGAGGAGUCGGCCAUCGACGAGGUGGUGGUGACCAACACUAUCCCCCACGAGUUGCAGAAGCUCCAGUGUCCCAAGAUCAAGACGGUGGACAUCAGCAUGAUCCUGGCCGAGGCCAUUCGACGCAUCCACAACGGGGAGUCCAUGUCCUACCUGUUCCGCAACAUCGCCAUGGACGACUGAAAACGCAUACAUAUACAUGCAAACACUUUUCUCUCAUCAUGCCAUGCUGAAGGGGUUGAAAAAACAAAUGGUAGAUAUACACUGAAGCGUAUGUGUCAAUCACUUUCGUCGUUUGCAGAAGAUGAGAUGAGCGAAAAAGGUUGCGCUUUGGAAUUUCCGUCCUGUAUCUGUCGUGUUUCAUCUCCAAGAGAGUGCAUACGCUCAUAGAAAUACAAGGAUCCCCCCAUGAAGUAGCUUAAAAAGAUGUGCCCAAUGCUCUUAUUUCCCCCCCCUGGAGUUUUGCUUAACUGUAAAAGCACUAUGGCAAUCCAUCUCAAACCUGCGCCUUCCUUCCUCACCCAACAGCCAAUAACUGCCCUUGUCGCUGAAAUGGUAUCCCCCCCCCUCUCUGGCCAUCUUGUUGUGGUUGGGAGGAUAAUUCAGGUAAAAAAUGCCAGGGGUCCAGACUCCAAUUCUCUAUCAGCUUAAUUUAUUUUUUAUAGUGAAGCUAUGUGUCAAGUUUCUUGCUCAACAAUUAUGAAUAUCCUGUAAAAACAUAAUUCCCACAGUCCACUUUUGGACUCAGGUAUGAGGUUAUUCAUGUUGGAAUUAAUUAGAUAUUCUUAUUUUUAUAGUGACUUACAAAAUCAUUGUUUUUAUGACUCCAUACUAGACCAUCUCUCCACACGUGGGCCAGGCGCUUAAGGCUAACCUAGUUAUUUAUGUAUCGUACGUGAACUAGCGUACCCCACCGUAGGUUGGUGUGUUCUCUGGAGAAAAGCUCAAACCUGCUACUGAAGUUGAAGCGAUUGUUCGUCCACCGCUUGGCUAUUAUUAUUGAAUGUGCUGCUACGUACACUUGAAUUGUUUAGCUCAUUGUUUCUUCGAGUUGCAUAGAACUGUGCACGGCCUGCUACGUAGGAUUUUUGAUUUUAUGUUACAUAAGAGUGAGUGGGAGUGCCUUCAACAUACACUCCCAUUCAAAGAUGGGCCUUUUCCACUGCUACACCCUACUUCCAUCAUCUGUGUCUUCGUCAUCCAACUCAUUAUCUUGGCUGAUAACCGAUCCAACACGACUGACUAUGUGUGCGUAAAGAUUUGGAAGUAUCCUAACCUCUUGUUUUUCUUUAUACUUCCGUCUUGCCAUCAUUUCUAAAAGCUACUGCUUGUACAACUGUAGUGCUAGCUGAUGUAUUCUCUAGACAGCUAGGUUUUGUAGUUGCCAUAUACAUGCACCUAACUCCAGUCAAAUUUAUAUCAUUGUCAAGUUGUUUAUUGAUUUAAAAAAAUCAUUGAAUUAACUUAUUUUCAUUUUUAUAAUGUAUUAAUUUGCCAAUAUAUUGCCAUUAAGAAUUGUCUGAUGGUAAAAACAACCUUCAACUCUACCUGAAAUGUGUAUUAAUUUAACACACAAAAUACUUUUCAUUCCAAGCUUCCCAGAUGAGAUUAGCAAAUACUUAAAGCCCUUAAAAAAAGACAACAUUGAACAGCUUAAACACGUUUUGCAAAAAAUAAUUUCAUUGACUCAAGGCAUAUAUUAAAUAAAAAAAAAAGGAAAAUCUGGUUAUUGGUUGAUCUUUAUCAAGCCAUACAGAGCUCGACUAAAGCAGAUCUUUGUUGCCCUGUGAAGCGUGUUUUCCUAAAUAUGUUUUGUAUUUAUUUUCACCACUUAAUAAACACAUGAUUUAUGUAUA